CAAGCCUAAAAGGACAUCUAGUCCAGAAAGAAAAAGAGAUCUGGCUAAGUGAAGAGACCAAAGGAAGGGAGGAUCCCCUCUGGGGCUGGCAGGGACGCCCCGUUAAGGUGCAGCUCCUCCCUUCAAGACUGCAAGGAUCUCCCACUUCCUCCGUUUCUCUCUGCCAUGAACUAUCUCCUCCACAGGGUGAAGUCAAGAGAGACCCUGCUUGGAGACUGAUGACGCUGCAGAACGGAGAUUUCCCAUUGGUCCUUCUGCUUCUUCCGCCAAUUUUAAGAGGAAAAAAACAUUUCCGUCCCCAAUUCAGACCCACCGAUUCAGCCUCUGAGAUUGAGCGCAUCUUGGUCUCCCCUCCCGUGGGGGGGAAAGUUGUGGGGCAGCAUCCAUGGGCAAUGCUGGGGUCCCCCUGCUGUUGCUGGUGGGGGUGCUGACCCAGAACCCUGGAAGCGAAGGAGGGAAGAAGCUCCCCCUCCCUGUCUAUUUCUUGUACCAGGAGAAGACUGACUGUCUUUUCCCCCUCGAUGGGAGGCAGCGGGUGCGUUACCUGGACAGGUACUUCUAUGACCGGCAGGAGUUUGUCCGCUUCGACAGCCACAUCGGGAAGCAUGUGGCCAUCACAGAGUUUGGGCAGCCGGAGGCCAAGGAGUGGAACAGCAACAAGAUCACUCUGAUGAUGAAGCGGGCUGAAGUGGAUCGCUUCUGUGCACACAACUACGAGGCGGCCAAGAUGGGGUUUGUGAUUGGCCGAAGAACCAAGCCCACCGUCACCAUCUCCCCCACCAAGAUGGACCCCGCUUCCCCCAACACCAUUCUCCUUUGCAUCGCGACGGGCUUUUACCCUGUGGAGAUUGAAGUCCAGUGGCUGAAGAAUGGACGGCAAGAAAAGGAGGGUGUGGCUUUCGGGGAGGAGCUCCAGAAUGGAGACUGGACCUACCAGCUCCAGGUGAUGCUGGAGACACAGCCCCAGCGGGGGGAUGUCUACACUUGCCAGGUGGGGCAUGCCAGCCUGGAGGCCCCCAUCACUGUCCAGUGGGAGCCCCGUUCCUCCAGCUCUGCCAGGAGCAAGCUCUGGUUGGGGGCUGUGGGGGCUGUGAUAGGAGUGGCUUUCCUGGCUAUGGGGCUCUUCUCCUACCUGAAGAGCAAGAAAGCAAUACUCAUCCAGCCACCUGCAGGUCACUCUGGAGCCUCCCUUUGGACUCCUCGGCUGAACCUGGACCACCUUCAAGUCCCAGGAGAUAAGAUGAAGAGCAAUCCCUGGUCCUAAAGAGGCAGAUUCUUGCUCCAUCCAGUCCCUGCCCAUAAACCACACCCCUGCAGUGUGGACCUGCUUGGGAGGCUGAUAGGGAAAGGGGGAAGCCCGCCCUGUGUUUUUCCUGAAGAGUCUCCAAUUAGAACUUACUUACAUUAAAGGUUUUAUUAUCUAUA